GUGACUAUUUCUUUACGCUCUUUAAAUUUUUUGGUGUUGCAUGCGAUGUGUAAUGUAAAUGUCACGUAAAUGUUGCAUAUUGGUGUCUUUGAAACUUUUUUAAAUAAACACAUUUUUUCUUUAUAUGAUUUUGAAAGACGAUUAUCAUAGUUAAUCAGUGUUCUCAUUCUUAUAUGAAGAAUAAUAAUUAGUUUUUUUUUAAUGUGGUUUUUCCGUGUUUCUUUGUUUUUGCUUUACAGCAUGUUGUCACGUUUUAAUUUAAUAACAUGACUAAAUAAACUAUUUUGGUGUUUUUGUGGAAAAUGAAUCUUCAAAGUCUUUUUCAAGAUUUUAAUCCUAGUAAAUUUUUGGUGUAUGUGUCUUUGCUGCUGUUUACCAUAUUAUUUUGCUUACGAUUGGAUGGGACAAUCACAUGGAGCUACUGGGCUGUAUUUCUGCCUUUAUGGAUUUGGAAGGCAAUGGUCGUAGCCGGAGCAUGUGUGGGAAGCUACGUCUGGUGGAGACAUCCACAAUACAGGGUUGAAGGAGAAGGAUAUGUCCAUUACAAGGCAAUGUUGGUUAGUGUUGUUUUACAAGUGCUAUUACUUAUGUUUGAAGUCUUAGUUUGUGAUAAAUUAGAAAAUAAUCGACAUUGGUGGAUUUUGGUGUUUGUCCCCUUAAUAUUGAUUUCCAUUAUAUCGAUCGUUGUCUGCAUAUGGGCUGUUAAACAUGACCGUUCAUUUGAGCUGGAACUCUUCUGCUCUGUAAAUAUUCUUCAGUUCAUCUUUUUGGCUUUGCGUCUGGAUGAAAUUAUUACAUGGAAUUGGGUUGUUGUAUUUGUUCCACUUUGGAUUGUGAUGUGUAUGGCAGUUAUUGGUGUAUUGUAUGCUAUUAUUUUUGCCAGUAUUUUACUACGCACACCUGAAGUUAGUGCCGAACAGAGACGUACUAGUAUGCAUUCAGCUGUUUCAUAUAGUGUUAUAGUUAUACCUCUAUUAAUAUAUUUGGUUUUAUUGUCCAAUAAGCUGGAUAGUGAAAGUAGUUUAACAUAUGCUGCAACAUGUAUCCCACUGUAUUUUACCUUUAUCGUCCUAAUAUUUUUGGCUUUUGGAUCUAAAGGAGGAAACCAUUGGUGGUUUGGAAUCAGAAAAGACUUCUGUCAAUUUUUGUUGAGUAUUUGUCCACUUCUUCAGGAAUAUGGUAACAUAUCUUACAGCUUACAUAGCAAUGAACCUGAAGAUAAUGAGCCCCCUGUUCAAGCUAUUACAUGCGGAAAACCUUCCUAUUCUCAUUCUAAGAAAAAAAAUCUUUCUUCUCAAUCAGAACUCAGGGUUGUAGUGCCAGCUCUUUCAAUUGAAACUCCUGACUGAACGUUCCUUUUACCAAGCAAUAAAUUUUAAUUUAUAUAGCAUCUCAUAAGUGAAACUACAUUGUAUGUAGGCGGUAUGUGGGAUUACGAUUAGUUAUGUACAUAUUGAGAGCCUUAGAAAAUAUGUAAAUAUGCAUAGUUUGAAAUCUGUUAUUAACACAUUUUUAUCUUUAUUGAAAUCAACACUUAUUUAUAAUCUAUGCAAGAUACAUGUACACAAGUGAUUCCAUUACUCUGUGAUUGUUUAUAUUUUUAUUGUAUGUACAGUUAUUAAUUAAUCUAGUGAUACUCAACUUACUGGGAUUUGCUAAGCUGUGAUAUUUCUUUAGUUUUUGUGUUGAUAAUUUUGAGAAUCUCCAGUUUCUUGGAAAUCUCGAGUCCAUGUGAAUAUUAUUAAUCUUUAAAUAGUGAGUAGUUCUGAAGCACAUGAAGAAUUAUAGUAAAUCUAUAAUAGUGGCUUAACAUAGAUGUACUUAUCUUUAUUUUUAACUAUUUGACAUAGUUUCGAAUUUAAUAUUCAAAUGUGUAGUUUUGAAUUCAUCCAAUUCACUCCCUUAAAAUUUUUAGUGUAUGUAUUUUCUACUAAUCUGAUUUUUUUAAAAAUAUCAAAAUAUAGCGAAUUAGAUCUUGACCCAUUCAUAAUCCUAAGAAUACAAUUUUAAUACUAAUUUUUUUAAAUAUUUGAUUACUUUUCUAUUUAUCUCAGGUUUGAUUAAUGUUCAAAUUGAAUUGUAAAUCUAUAUUAGUAGUGUCUAACUUGUGACUAAAGAAGUAGAUUGAAUAACAUUGGUAUUGUGCGGAUCGUUUCUUUGAAGCUAUACAAAAGUAUUUCACCAAUUUAAAAUUUUAAUUCUAAAAAAAGCAGUAUUUGCUCAUUGAGAGCAGCACUUAAACUAAUUAAUAUGCAUGCGACUGUAGAAGUUGCCUGACUUUCUCUAUAAAGAUUUCCAUUUGCAUUUGCAAAUUUAGUGCAGCUCUUUAAAUCUUCAAUUUUUUUCUUAAUUAAAAUCAGAAAUACUUUACUCAUUCUUUUCUUCACCCUCAACUCUUUUGUCAAAAAACUUAAGAAUAAAGAAAUGUGUGUUUAACUUGAAAAAUAUAUUUAAAUUGUUUUAAAAUUACACUUGCACACUUUUUUCUUUUAUGGGUGAUUAGUUAUUUAACUUUGAUGAAAAAUGUGUCAAAAAUCUGUAGUUUUUCUAUAUUGUGUCAAACUAUGUGAAGUCUUAAAAUCAGUUCACAAUUGAUUAGCUUAAAGUUAAUCUUCAUCUGUAUGAAUUACAUCAAAAAUUAAAAAUGGAUGCAUGGUAUAUUUUCUUAUGGUCUUGAUAUUACUCUAUAACUGUUUGAAAUGUUUUCUACUCUAUUACCUUGUUAUUUGUCUGUGAUUUUUUUACGCUGUAUGACAUCAUGUUUACUCCUUGUAUUUUGAAAACAUUAUUGCACUUAAAGUAUUUUCUUGUACUACUAAACAUUGUAGAACUUCGUUUAAUGUUUUGAAUUUCGCUUAAUAGUUCAAUAUUAAUGUUUUAUUUAUACAUUAAAGUAUCUUUUAUUUAAAUAAUUCCUAUUUUAUUUAGCUUAGGUUUUUGUGAAUGUGAACAUGUAUUUUGUCUAAAUGUUGAUUGUUUAUAAUCGUGUACUUUGAAAGCACUAAUGGCACAAAAACUUUUGGGAAAAAUUAAAUUCUGAUACCAUGAAGAUCCUUCCAGUUAAGUAGAUACUGGAAAGUAAGUGUGCUCACUAUUAAUCAUAAUAUUUAAUGACAAAUAAAUAACAAAGCUAAUUUUUAAUUAUAAAGCGUUAGUUUUGAUGUAUUAAGUAUUUUGUUUCAAAAACUGAAAAUAUUUUUCAAUUGUUUUUACAAUGCCAUUUAUUUCAAAGCACUUUUUAUACUUUUUCAAUUUAUAUGCCCUUAUAGUCUGCAUAUGUAGUUUUUUUUUUACCCCGAAACGUUUCCCCAUUAUUUAGUUGUAAAGUCAUAGAAUUAUAUAUUUUGACUUCAUAUUAAGUAUUUACUUCCCAAUGUAAAGAAUUUGUAAUGCCAAACACUUCAUCUUUUACUCUUGAAUAAUUUGAAACAAAUCUUAGGGGCCAACUUCAUGGGUAUUCCCACGUAUUAUAGUUUAUUUCUAUAGUAUGUAGAUAACUUGAGAAGUCCUAAUACAGGUAUUAUAUAGAUCUUAUUUUUUAUUGUAAACAUCUUACCAUUCGUUUAAUAGUGAUUUUUGUAUAAAACACAUAAUUUUUUGUUAUUGAAAUGAAAGAUUCCCUUAUUUUAGCAGUUUUCUUAUAUUCUGGUAACCAAUACAGAAUGGACAUAAGUCAUUCUUAUGGAAUUGAUAAUGUUUCAAACCUCCUGGAGCUUUUCUCUGAAAUAGGUCUCUUUUAUAAAAAAAACUUUUUAAUUUUUUUUUCAAACACAGAAAUAUUUAAUGUUGUAGUUCAUAAAUAAUAGGGAAAACAUUUGAUUGUUCCAAUAUAAUUUUCAGAAACUCAUUCACUUUUUAAAACAUUGCUGCAUUUGAGUAGUUUUAUGUUUGAAAAAAAGAAAAGAAUUUAAAAUUCACAUUCUUUAAAAUUCGCAGUACUUUCUGAUGGAAAUUAAUAUAAGAUACAUUGGAAUAUUUAUGUUUUUUGAAAACUGAAUUUUUAUUAUGUUAAAAUAUAAAAAAGUGUUAAAUUUUAUAUUUUAUAUCCAAGAUUAUAAAAGGCUUUUAAGAAUAUUAACCGUAAUAUGCAAACACUGUUGAACUGUAACACAUGGUUUAAGAAUAACAACGAAAAUUUACCGAACCAUAUUUAUUUUGUUAUUUUUCCCUAACUUAAAAAUAUCCGUUUUCCUUUUGAAGGAAAUUCAAUGUAUUAUAAAGGAGAUAGAAUAUUAUUUUAUCGGAUAUAACUGUUAUUAUUGAUUUUUCUUAUAUUUUGUUAUUUUAUUACCUUGAGUGUGACUAGUUUGUUUUAAAUAAAUGUAUCCUUUUAUUAAAAAUCGUGUGUUUGCGUCUAAAAAAAGGUGUUUUUUUUAAAAAAGCUUUAUAAGAGAAUGAAAAACAAUUUGUCAUUACAGAUGUCAAAAUAAUAAUUAUCUUCAUUUUUAUUUUCGUGAAGUCAAAACCUGAUAAGAAGUUGAAUAUUAUUGGAAAUGUUAUUCCUAAUGAUGUUGCAUCAUUGUGUCUUUCUCAUAGUUUUUGAAUUGCUGUUGCUGUUCAUUUUAAAUUUUUUUCAUAAUGUAAAAAAAAUGUGCAAAAUGUUAUUAAAUUAUAGGUAAUUAUUUAUAAUCUUGUGAGUAAUUCAGAAAAAACGUUAGUGAUAUUUUUAACUCGGCAUUCAUUGUGAAAUAUGAAAUCACCUAUGGAGUUUUAUCAAAAUGUUCCUAUAAAAUUGGAUUAUUCUUGUGUUCUUUCUUGCAUUAUAUUUUAUCUUAAAUCAUUAUAUAUUUUUAAAUCCUUAAUCAGUUGGUCCUUGAAUCAGGUCAUAAAAAUGUGUAUCAAAAACAACACAGAGAAGUUAUAUGUGAAGUGCAAAGUAACUAAUUAAUUAACCAUAUGAAUAAUUAGUUAUGAAAACUUAUGUUGAAGUAUGAAAAUUUUUCGUUUUCAAUACAUGUCUAUAUUUAUUAAGUAAACAGAGUGCCUUUAGUCUUUAUUAAAUAAGACAGCUCAGUGAUUAUAUAUAUAUAUAUGCCAGGAAAACCUGGUAAUUAUUUUUGUUUUAUCUUUCAAUAAAAUGUACUUUCAUCUUUGAUGACUAUAUGCAUGGUUGAAAUAAAUUUACAAGGUCACCAGUAAAUCCUGUUAAAUUGUCAAACAUGUCUAAUAUUCAAAAACAAUCGAAAUACAUUCGCUAGUUUCAUUUACUUGCACUUAAAGUUAAUGUUAUUAGUUGAAGGAAAGUGUAAAGUAAUUCGAAACUUAAUAAGAAAUGAUUAACCGAUUAGCUAACUUUUUCAAUGAAAGGAAAAACAAGUUUUUUUGAAAAACAGUUUUUAUGUUCUCAAGGAACUUAAAAACUGAAUAGCUAACUUCCAGGAAGCUGUGUUAUGUAAAUUUUAAAAGACUCACUGAAAAAAUUUAUGUUUUUUGUUACUAAUGAAAAUUAAUUUAUGACUUAAUGCAUGAUACUUAUUUUGAAUGAAUUAAAUGCAUUUUGAAUUUGAAUUAAUAUCGAAUUUUAUUUGCCGAUUAACAAUAUUAUAGUGUAAAAUGAUGAAUUAAUUAAAAAAAACGAAAUGAAUAUAUUCUGCUGACAUUCUAAAUUUAAAGCAUAAAUGGUGCGCUAAGUCAUUAUUUUUGUGUGUGGAUGAUCUAAAUUUAAAGCAUAAAUGGUAUGGUAAGUCAUUACUUUUCUAUGUGGAUGAAUGCUUGGAGAAAAUUAGCUAAAUGAUUUUUCAUUAGCUACUCUAUUCUUGUUAUUCUCAACGAACAUAUUACUAAAUAUUUUAGUUUUAUUUCAGAAUAAUUCUGAUGUGGCUUAAAUAUUUCAAUCACUCACAUAGGUAGAAACCAAGACGUAGUUUAUAAGAUAAAUAGAUGCUUAUGUAUAUAAAAGUUCAAUUCUAAAUGUUGAUCUUGAUUUGUGUCCCAUUUUUACAAGAACUACUCAUUUUACUCCUUAUUUAUUGUUUUCUUAUUUAGUUGUGUGGAUUUCUGGAUAUUCAAGAUUUUGAUUAGAACUAAGUAUGUGUAUGUGUGGAGAAUUUAUCUGUUUAAGAAAUCCUGGGGUGGUUGUAAGUUUCUUGAAUAAAAAAGGAAAACUAUGAAUUUAAUUACGCUAUUGAAGCUUUCUUCUGAAUUUUUCCAAAAAGGAUAAUUCUGAAGGAAGAAAACAGGUGUUUGCAUCAAGAUUUACAACUGCUAUUUGUAUUAUUUCAUGAUAUGCUAAUUAUUUUAGAAAUAAAAUAUACCUAACUGCAACAUAUUGUUAUAGAACUUGAAAUUAAAUUAGUUUAGUUUUUGAAAUAUUUUCUAGUUCUGUAUAUCAUUUUUGUUUACCAUUACAUACUUUCGUUCUAGCUGCAAUGUGCAUUAUAUCACGUACACUGAGCAUACCUGACUGUGGUGUCAAUAUAUUUUAUCUUAGCAUAACAAAAUAAUAACAGACAAAAGUUUUACAGUACAUAAUUGUAUCUUUCAUAAUCAGUGUGGCAACAAUUUAUUUUUUUACUGUCUUCCCAGAUAAUUAAGCCUGCAUGUGGUAUAUGUGAAUUUUAAGAGUCUGCCUGUACUAAAUGUAUUUAUUAACAAAUAAUUGUAAAUAAAAUUUUGAGAGUUGCUUAUA